UCUCUAUCUCUUUCUCUGUGUUCUUUAUUGUAUUCAUAUUCAGUUCAAUUUCAUACCUCAUAAAAAUGUUUGUGCAUGAAGCAUGUAGUUGGUUCUAUGGUGGAUUUUAUAGUUCUGGAUAUAUAUUUACAUUUUUGUAUACAUUGCAUGCAAGGAUGACCCACAAAUGCAGUAUUAUAUACACUUGAUUAGAAUACUAUACUUAUAAAUGACUUGUAUUUUUUUCCCCUUCUCUUUCCAUUUAAUGUUUGUUUGGAUUAUUUUCAUUGUGAAAAUUAAAAAAUGAAUGAAACUUUUCUCAUACAUCACAUAAGUAAAUUUGUUAUGUGAAUGGAUAUAACAUAUAAGUCCAUAUACAAUGUCACCGAGACACCAACCUCAAUGAUUUCACAUAGCUUGCUAUUCAAGUAACAAAACUAUACUUUUUAAGUGCAAAUUGAAGGAUACAUAUCAUUGCAAACUUUGCAUCUUCCUUCUUGACUAAUCAAUCAUGAUGCAUGUAUCAUAUACUUGUUUUUUUGGGGACUAAUGGCUGUUUUCUUUAUCAUGUUUAAUUAAGAUUUAUUAAUUGUUUAAAUAUAUUCUUCUUAAUGUUGUUUCUUAUGAUAUACACUGGUUGUUCAUAGAAUAAUUUGAAGCUCAUAAAACAAAACUAUGGAUAAAAAAGAGAGUGAUCAAUCUGCAACAAGAGGGACAAGCACUCCAUCACACACCAAGGUAGUAGCUGGUCCUUCUGUUCCUUCACCUCUCUUAAGAGAUCAUCAACAUUCUCACCAUUACAUCCACUACCACCACCUACAACAAGAAGAAGAAUUUCACCAAAAACUUCACAACUUUUGGGACAAUCAGUACCGUGAAAUCGAACAAGCGGCCGAUUUCAGGAUCCACAGCUUACCCUUGGCUAGAAUCAAGAAGAUCAUGAAGGCUGAUGAAAAUGUGAAGAUGAUAUCAGCAGAGGCUCCUAUUAUAUUUUCCAAGGCUUGUGAAAUGUUCAUCAUGGAAUUGACAAUGAGGGCUUGGAAUAAUGCUGAAGAGAACAAAAGGAGAACACUUCAGAAGAAUGACAUUGCUGCUGCAGUCACAAAAACUGAUGUGUUUGAUUUUCUUGUUGAUGUUGUCCCUAGAGAUGAAACCGUGGACCUUGGUUUAUAUGCUGGUAUAAGAAGAGGUGGAGCCAAUAAUAAUAUUGUUCCUUGCUACUAUUAUGUGCCACCUCAGCAUGUUAUGGGUCCACCACCAUAUGGUCCUCCAAGAGUGCCUAUGGUGGGAAGACAUGUUCCUAAUCAAGAUAAUAUUGAUGAGCAGCAAAAUAGUGAAAAUACUACUCAUGCUAUGUGUCCAAAGGAGCAAAAUCAUUCUUCAGAUUCAGAUGAAUGAGGAGCAAGUAAUGGUCACUUGGAGAAAAUAUAUAAUAGUGAGGACAUAGCUAUUAGAUGCAUGUAUUUAUUCAGCUUUGACUUCAGCCAGGAAAGUGUAUUAAGUAGUCAGAAUUCUCUCUUUCUUUUUAUAUAUGCUAUCCUUUUAUUGUUGUUCA